ACCAAAUGGAUCAGUAUUUUUAUUUAUAUUUUCGAGUUUUACGUGAACACACAUAACUAUUGAUGUUCACUAUGGGUAACCCGGAAACAACCGUUCAAUGUUUUAAACAUAGGGUGAUGCCUUCUUUUGUUUUUCCAAUAUUUUUCUCUCCUCUCCAGGAUCAAUCUGAAGGUGUUCGUUUUUACACUACUUGUUUGAUGAUAUGGAAGGUAUUUUCUAAUGUAUUCAUACAGUUCCAUAGAGAUUCAAGAGUACAGUGUUAAUGAUAAAACUUGAGAUGGAUGGAGGACUAAUGGUAUUGUGGCCAAAUGUGAUUAAUUAGUUGUGUACCUUUGAUCGUGCAAGGCGACGUGCCUUGAGACUUUAAUCGCGGUGCUGUUGUUCACCCCACACUGCCAUAGCCAUAUCACCCAUUCGGUCAAAUGCUUUCCGCGUGUUCAUGAGCCAUUCCACCCGUGCUCGUGAUGCAUGGAAAUAUCACGCAUAAGUGAAUGAAAAGAACAAGAACCCUAGUCUCAGCGGUUUCCUCCUCUUCAAGAGCCAUAAAUGGUUCCUAAUUACAUAUAGUUUUUCAUAUUUAGUCCCUAAUUUUAAGAUAUCACAUAAAUGAUCCUCAAUUUUUAUAACUAUUCCAUAUUCGGUCCUUUAGGGACUUUUGUGGAAAAAAUUGUAAUAUUUGGUCUAAAAAACUAUUUAUGGAAUAGUUUUGAAGACAAUUUAUGAAAUCAAAUUGAAAAGUGAGGAGUAUCUCAUGGCGGCGAAUGACAAUGACAACCGACCUCACGAGGGAGAUGAGAACGACGGACACCCCGCAGACGACAAGGAUGUCAACAAAUCCUCUUGUGCCGGAGAACCUCAUGAAAACAACCCCAAUGACAAUGAAAAUGAUGAGAAUGAAGAGGAAGUCGCAAGCGACGACGACCAGGAUGGAAGAGAGGAUGAUGAAAAGGAUUAUGACGAUGGCAAUAAUGAAGACGAUGGUGAAGGCAGUGACAAAUGCCAUAACAACGGCGAUGACGAUGAUAAUGAUGACGACGACGACGAUGGUGGUGAAAAUGACGAUGUGAAUCAGAUUCAAGACAAUGGCGAGAUAGAUGAAGAGAGUGAAGAGGAAGGCACUCCCCCACCACCGAAAAAGAGGAAGACGUGAAGCAAGACUUUUGCCUUUUAUUCAAGUUAUAUGUUGUAAUACUUAUUGCAUCACAGUUUAAGCUACAUGUUUACCGUUCUACGUUAACCAUUUCUUUAUCUCUUUUUGUUACUCAUUUAAUAAAGCAAUACAAUAAUG